GACCCACAAAUGUCGAAGAGAAUCAAAAAUAUCUCCGUCUCCUUGCCAAUAUUAUAUGGCAACAGCGCCAAAAAACUUGCGCCUGAGAAAAGGACAGACAAGACUCCUGUGGACCAUACGCAUGAAUGGACCGUAUUUCUUAAACCCGCAUUGAACAAUAUCGAUUUGACUCCUUUGAUAAAAAAAGUCACUUUCAAGCUUCAUGAGACAUAUGAAACUCCGGUUAGAUCUGUAGAGUCUCCUCCUUAUCAGGUGACUGAGACGGGCUGGGGCGAGUUCGAGAUUGUCAUCAAAAUUCACUUCCACUCAGGUGCUGAAUUGGGCAUCAACGAGAAAAACUUUCAAAUUUUUCAUGCCUUGAAGCUUCAUCCAUAUAAUCCACAGGCCCCACAGCGAGAAAAUGGGGAAGUUCACUCUGUACUAUUCGAUGAACUCGUUUUUCAAGAACCUACUGAGGCUGCAUUCGAAAUAUUGACUAAAAAACCUCUGAAUUUGCUACCAUACAAAUACAGUCACCCUGAUAAGAAGGAUCAGGAGUACCUUCGAACUAAUGAAACCGAUGAGAUUGCUCGACUUGAUGCAUAUAUAACGAAAGUGAGAGAUGAGAUCGAAAAGCAGCGUGACGAGUACAAAGAAUUAGAACAGCAAAAACUCGCCCUCUUACAAGAAUAG